UGGCCGGCUUUCGGUUGCUUGACAGCAAACCGUGUUAUUCUUAGAGCCAGAGUUUCAGUUUGUAAGGCUUAAUUACAUCGUCAGGUCAAAUGUUUCUCAGACGUAUACCUAUCUGUAGCCUAUUAAUGUCUUGUUAUAAAACAAUUUCAUCCUGGCAAUCAUGCUGUAAGCUGUGAUAGCCACUGCCAACGUCGUGCCUCUGGCUCAAUCACAGUACAAAAUAAUUUAUCACCAACAAGAGAAUAAUCACAAGGUUUGACUUUUCCCCCACUGUAGCCUACAUAGAGAAGUUGUUGUGUAAGUGCCUCUUUAUAUGUUAAGCAACUCUGCCAAGCUGUUACUUCUGUUAUUUUUGCAAUGGUAAAAUAUCGCCUGUUCAUAGUGGCAUUUCCAUUGUGAUCUAAAAAAAGCCCGUGCAGACUAGAAUUUCUUCAUAUCUGCCUGUAGGACUCACUACCUGAAUUUCUGCACGAGACAGGAAAGUACAGCUCGCGGAAGCUCAACAUAUUUGUCCCUCCCAGUCAUUCAGGGCUAUUAAACGUGUCAGCUUGAAGUCAUAUUCGCCGUGGAUAUGGAGAGACACACACCUGGGAAGCCCGUGGAUAUGGAGAGACACACACCUGGAGAGCCCGUGGAUAUGGAGAGACACACACCUGGAGAGCCCGUGGAUAUGGAGAGACACACACCUGGAGAGCCCGUGGAUAUGGAGAGACACACACCUGGAGAGCCCGUGGAUAUGGAGAGACACACACCUGGAGAGCCCGUGGAUAUGGAGAGACACACACCUGGAGAGCCCGUGGAUAUGAACGCAGUGGCUUUAGUGUGUCGUCGUGCCUGGAACGCCGUGGAGCCUCGGGACAGGACAGAGAUGAAGAGUCCCGCACAGACUGUGAUCAUUCACCACACAGCGCUCCGGUUCUGCGCGCAACCGCGCGAAAGCGUCUCUCAGCUCGCUCACAUCCAGCACAUGCACGUCCAAGAGAGGGGCUUCGACGAUAUCGGUUAUAACUUUCUGAUCUCUGGAGAUGGGACGGUGUAUGAAGGGCGAGGAUGGGGGAUUGUAGGGGCCCAUGCAAAGGAACACAACCUCAAUUCUGUUGGCAUCGCUUUUAUGGGCAACUUCAACAAUGAAAUGCCCAGUUCUGCAUCGCUGUCUGCUCUGCUGAGAUUGCUGCACAUUGGAGUGCUUCACGGUCAUGUACGGCCCAAUUUUGUGCUUGUGGGACACAGAGAUGUGGCAAAGACUGAGUGUCCAGGGAAACAUUUAUAUUCUCUACUACCAAAAUUAAGAGAUGAGUUACAAAAGCAGCGACCUCUUUUCUAUGCAUUGCCUUUAAUCCCUGCUGUGUGUGUAGCAUUGUGUGAAUGUGAAAAUGUAUGAUAGGUUUACUUUUGCUCUAAAAUUACAUGUUACAGUCUUUUGUGCCUUGUUAAAAUCUCUUAUUAAAAUCUCUUAUAAAAAAUAUUUUUUAUCAAAAUUUGGAACCAAUCCUAAAGGCUAU